ACACGAAGCCGCCCACCAUGUCGUCCAAGGUCAAGGCUGGUCAGCUCUGGGGAAAGAGCAAGGAUGACCUCACUAAGCAGCUGGAGGAAUUGAAGACCGAGCUCAGCCAGCUCCGUGUCCAAAAGAUCACUGGCGGUGCCUCGUCGAAGACCCUCAGAAUCCACGACGUUCGCAAGUCGAUCGCUCGCGUUCUGACCGUCAUCAACGCCAACCAGCGCGCUCAGCUCCGCUUGUUCUACAAGAACAAGAAGUACACUCCUCUUGACCUCCGCCCCAAGCUCACCCGUGCUCUCCGCCGCCGUCUCACCAAGCACGAGGCCACCCUGAAGACCGAGCGCAAGCGCAAGCAGGAGAUUCACUUCCCCCAGCGCAAGUACGCUGUUAAGGCUUAAAUGUGUUGUCUCGGGAUCUGGAUGGAGUUACGGGAACGUCGUUUAAUGAUGACGGGUUGACCUAACCUUGCGUGGGGGGUCGGUUUCAUCAAACGUUUCUUUUUAAAAAGAAAUUGGUUAUGUAUCUUAGAAAAAAGAUGCAGAUCGAUGUUAAACGAAGGCCUUGCUUGACAUGACAUAAACGAGACAAGAUUUAUUGCCAGCUUGGAUGUGUGUAGACCGGAGGUUGUUCUGGUCUAGUGUACCAGACCUUCUGCGUCUCCUUUUUGGAACCGAAUGGCACCGAUGCCCGACGCAACACUUCCUGACGAUUCUUGAGGGCAGAUUUGGUCGGUUGUUUCCAGUGGACCUUAAACAAUUACCGAUUACAA